AACGCCGCGACGUUGACCCCCCCCUCACUAUCACCGCUGUAUCCCACUGCGUUUCCUACUAAGCUCUGAUCCGAACAUGUGCAUACCCAUCAACAACGGCGGCGCGGCAGCCGUUCCGCCCGCAGAAUACUUCAGAGCGACGCAAGCCGCACAACGUCAACCGCCGCACCGACGUCGCCGCGACGAACGCAGACAACCGCGGCGCUUAGAGGAUCCGUCACUGACGUCGACAUCGACAUCGACAUCGGAAGCCGACAACGACAACGACGACUACGACGACGAAGACAACGCCAAGUUCGAAGACGCGACCGAACGUGCGCUGCAGACCACCGCGUAUUGCACUUGCCAAGAGUUUCAUAAGGCCCGGGCGUUGGAGAGGGAGCGCGAGGCCGCCAACUCCGAAGAUAUGAUGAUAAUCGUCCGCAUGUUGAUCGUGGUGUCCAUCGCCAUCCUGGCCACCAAGCUCAUCACGGACGCCGUGUACUCGUCCGGCGCGUCCGCUUUCGAGGUGGAAGGUCACGACCACUCGCAGUUCAAGUGCAACGUCAAAAGACAGUUGCCGCCGAUCGAGCAGGGCGACACCGUGAUCGACAGCAUAUUUCAGAUUCCCAUCAACACGCUUAGCGCCGUCGGGACGUUAAUUAAGAACGUCCGGCCUCUGGUGCGCAGGACCCGCGAACGCUUCCAGCAGUAUUACGGCACGGCCCCGCGGCAACAUAGGAGCGUUCAGCAGAACAACUACAGCGACGGUCCAGAGUACUACCCCAUUGGACGGUAUUCACCCCAAGUACAACAAAAUCCGGGAAAAUAUCGUACAGUAUAUAUGGUAACGCCAACAAAGCCGACCAUUAAGGACACGGAGUUCGGAAAAGGAUCGUUUAAAUUCGAAUAAAAAAUUUACUUUUUCUAAUAUUUCCUACGAUUUGAAUACUACGAAGAAUCUUGUUGCGAAUCGAUGUUUGGAAAUGAUGGUCUUCGAUAUUUUUCGGCACAAAUUUUUGACUUAAUUAUAUUGCAGAUAUUUACGCACACUUUGGUUUCCUCCUUCUGAAAAAUUCAAAUGCGACGUUUUAUGGUAGCUAGCACCUUAACUUAAUUGCAUGUUGUAAUGUGUCACGAUAAGCAUAUAUGCAAUAUUAUAUCGUUUACGUAUAAUCACAUUAAGUACUUAUUUAAUAAGUUUGUUUUUGUUUUUUUUUUUUUUUUAACAAUCUUCUAAGACGAUAUUGAUAAGUUAAUUUUACUUUAGACAGGUUACGAAUUCUUACUCCGUUUCUAAAUGUUCUACUGACUUACUAGUCAAUACUACUUUCGUAUACACACAAAAAAAAAAAAAAAAUUGAUCGUUUAUAAAAACAAUAUAAAUUUUAUUUUCUCCUCCCUGUGAAAUUUACAAAAUUAUCAUAAUUCGUAAACUUAA